AUGACGCCUAGUACACCAGUAACGCCAAGUCCAGCGCCAGCGCCAACACGCGGUCGUGGAACCGGUGCAAAACGCGGCCGCAAGCCUCGCGGUGCAUUACCAAAUGCGUCCACCGAUUCUCGCCCCCCACCACAAUCCGGACCCAGUACAUCUACGUCUGCAACACGAUUCACCCCAGCCCAGUGGGCGACGCCUGGAGUCCCUGCAGGUGCCACUGCCACUGCCUCGACCUCCACUGUGACAAUUCCUGCUGCUCAAAGCAGUGCCGCAAAUGCUGGUGAUGUCUCGAUGGACAGUGGGGAUGAUGAACCUGUGGCGACGCAGCCUCUACCCGUUACUGCUGCUGCUUCUUCGACAGAUACGAUAAUUCCACCGUCUGGGACGGCCGCGAAACCUGCGGGUGCUCCGGAUGAGGACGUAGAGGGUGAAGAUGAGCUUUUACCUGCAAUGGCGGAUGAUGACUACUCUGCUCAGUUGUCAUGGCAGAGCGAGAGCAAGGAUAAUCUGAAGGUGCUUAUGGACAAUUUCAGUCCAGCACAGUAUGAGCGCUUUGAAGCCUAUCGACGCCAUGCACUACCGAAGCAGGCUAUACGGAAGGUUAUACAACAAACGACAGGACAGCAAGUCUCUCAGCCCGUUGCACAAAUAGUAGCAGGUGUUGGGAAAGUGUUUGUUGGCGAGAUCGUAGAAAAAGCUCGCCAGGUUCAAUCACGGCGCAAUGAUUCUGGUCCCCUCACGCCAGAUCACCUUCGUGAAGCGUACCGGAUGUAUCAGGCAGAGACUGGACGUGUGGGCAGUGCGCGACCAAUGCGAGGGAAGCGUCUGUUUGUCAGGUAG